AUGAUUUUGGCUAUCAACCAUUGCUACAGUGAUGUCAUCAAUAAUUCUUUCACUACUUCAAUCUCCAAGCGUGGCCGGAGAACUAGUCGUGGUAGAUAUGUGGUGCCCGUCGGAGCGCUGAAGAGAGAUUCUACACCUCCGGAUGUUGGCCAAGAAUUUACACCAUUAGUAAAACAUGAUGGAGUCAACAGCUUUCAAAUUAUGACAUUUGUAAAUGCCGUAGCAGUAGGAAAUUUGGUCUUCAUAGACAUGGCAAAGGCUGUAACUACAAGGGAUAUCCUGGAAGGUGUUGUAUCAGUUUAUGACAUGCUGAAGGAGGAGAGCCGAGCAGGAGAUUGGUUUGGGGGCUUCCUUUUUACCACUGGACAACAAGCUAAUGAAGCUGUUCAAGACCAGUUAUCAGCCCUCAGUUUCUCCAGUUUGGCAGUUAUAUUUGGUGCUGGGCUUUGGACUAGCCUUUCUCCUUGUACUCUUAGCGUUCUACCACUGACUCUUGGUUACAUAGGAGCAUUUGGUUCAGGGAAAAGCAGGGCAUAGAACCCAGGUGUUCAAGCGUAUCUAGCUGGACCUACGUUUGCAUUAGCAGCCUCUCCAUGUAGUACGCCCGUGCUGGCUACUCUGCUAGGAUAUGUAGCUACAUCCAAGGAUCCUAUUAUAGGAGGUAGCCUAUUAUUGACAUACACAACUGGUUAUGUUGCUCCUCUACUACUUGCUGCUUCCUUUGCUGGAGCAUUGCAGAGGCUGCUCUCUUUUCGCAAAUUUUCAGCAUGGAUCAACCCAAUCAGCGGUGCACUUCUAUUGGGAGGGGGAGUGUAUGUGUAUACUUUCUUGGAUCGGCUUUUCCCAGUUACUACAAUGGCAAUGUAG